AGAAAGUAAUAAGAGAGCGAAAUCAGAAGGGCACCUAAUUCGACACAAACAAGUAAAAAAUGGCCGCCGACGCCGCUGCCACUGCCAGUGCAUCUUCUUCGGUGACGGAGGAGGAGCUGACACUGACAAUAAAAUGGAGCGGUAAAGAGUACACGGUUCAAGUUUGUGGCGAUGACUCAGUUGCCGAGUUGAAACGAAGAAUCUGCCAACUCACCAACGUUUUACCCAAAAGACAGAAGCUUCUUUACCCCAAAAUCGGCAACAAACUCUCUGAUGACUCCUUUUUGCUCUCCCAACUUCCCCUCAAAUCCUCUGUCAAAAUGACCAUGAUUGGCACUGUCGAAGAUGAUAUAAUUGUUGAUCCAGUUGAGACUCCCGAGAUUAUUGAUGACUUUGAACUUGGCCAAGAUGAAGCUGUUGACAUUAAAGAUAAAGAGGUUAACAAGCAGAAACUUAAGAGACGCAUAGAUCAAUAUAAGAUUGAACUGAAAGCUCCAUGCCGUAAAGGAAAGAAACUGCUUGUUUUGGAUAUUGACUAUACUUUAUUUGAUCACCGGUCCACAGCUGAGAAUCCACUUCAACUCAUGCGGCCUUAUCUUCACGAGUUUCUUACAGCUGCUUACGCAGAGUAUGAUAUCAUGAUUUGGUCUGCGACCAACAUGAAAUGGGUUGAAUUGAAGAUGGGACAGCUUGGAGUACUUAACAAUCCAAACUACAAGAUCACAGCCCUCCUAGACCAUUUAGCAAUGAUCACUGUUCAAUCAGAUUCUCGUAGAAUCUUUGAUUGCAAACCACUUGGUUUGAUUUGGGCUCAGUUUCCUGAAUUUUACAAUUCAAAGAACACUGUAAUGUUUGAUGAUCUGCGAAGAAAUUUUGUGAUGAACCCACAGAAUGGUUUGACAAUUAAGCCAUUCAGGAAAGCUCAUGCAAACAGAGACACUGACCAAGAGCUUGUAAAGCUCACCCAGUACUUGUUAGCCAUUGCAGAUCUCGAUGACUUGAGUGCCCUUGACCAUAGUAAUUGGCAGUUAUUCACUGAGGACAGUGCCAAAAGACGCAGGCAUGCCUGACGUACAUUGACACGCAGAGAAAUUUCA